CUGCGGAAUCGAAGCAAUUGAUUGGUUUGCUGUUCUCGCACAAGAUGAAGAUUGAAGUUAUUUUCCUGUUGGUCUGCCUAAUUGCCAGCGGUGUAGUUGAUUCAUUUCCCAGACCAGGAAAGGAUCGAUAUUGUGGAAAGCGGCUUACUCAAGUUUUAGCGCUUCUAUGCAAUGGAGACUAUCCCUAUCAUAGAGCAACUGAAGCCCACCAACCUGCUGACGACGGUUUUCGUAACAUUCCACGGUUCCGGCGCAACAUAGUCCCCGAGUGCUGUUCGUAUCCUUGCGACCUUUAUCAGCUUAAAAUACUUUGCACCCCACCAAAAGUGUAGAAUAGCUUUGUUUUACAAUGAACCAAGUUGGACACUACGAGGUGUUAAUCGAAAAAGCCGUACCAGAAAGUUUUUAGUGUGAUAAUAUAUAUGCAAGAGAUUUACGUGUAACAUGUUUAAUGUUUUUCAUAA